AUGGACCAAAACAACCACACCAAAACUACACGAUGGCUGGCCAUCCUCAUGCUCCUCACCAUGCAAAUACUCAACGCAAAUGCCGACGCAGUAACCGUCUGGACGACGGUAAAAGUACCCGCGGCAACACCAACAGCGCCCCUAUCACCAUCAUACACUUCUCUCGACGAGUUCAAGGACAAUAUGUUGAAAGUCACGAACGAGUACCGCGCCAAUCACGAUGCCGACCCACUGAAAUGGAAUAACACGCUCGCCGAUUACUCGCAGGAAUGGGCAGGAGCCUGUAUAUGGAAACAUUCGAAAAGUAGCUACGGCGAGAACCUCGCAUACGGAUACCAGAAUGUCUCUGCUGCUGUCAUCGCCUGGGGCGAUGAAGGCGAUAUGUAUAACUUCGGCAAGCCGACAGGCUUCACCGAGGAGACGGGACAUUUCACUCAGUUGGUCUGGAAGUCGACUACGCAGGUUGGAUGCGCUGCUGUCAACUGUGGAUAUACGAAGAACGACAAUGGCAAACGAGAUGAUGGGGUCGAAGUGCGAGAGGAUGUCUCCGAAGGGGUGGUGAUGGCGCCUCGUUUCAGCAUGGAUGAAGUGGGACGAGAUGACUUGGAAGGGUUGAAGGUCGCGCGAGGCGAGCCACGGGCUCAGGGGUGGUAUGUUGUUUGCGAGUAUACGCCUCCUGGAAAUGUUGUGGGCUCGCAUAAUUCCUACUUCAAAAAGAACGUCUUGCCAAAGAAGGCGCCUGUUGUUGAUUCGUCCACUUCUUCGUCCACGACUUCUGAGUCUUCUUCCACGUCCAUACCUGAGCCGUCGCCGAAUGCCGCGACAUCCACUACCAUCGGGAGUCAGAGUCAGCCUACGGGAGGUGCUAUGAGGUUCGCCUUGGACUCGACAUUGGGGAUGAUGCUGGUAGCACUGGGGACGGUGGGCAUGGGAAGGGGGCUUUAUACUUGA